CUUGGACAUCCAUCAUAUUCUUCCGUUCGCCGACCUGCAUUGAACUUACUACAUCUUUCUUGUUUUAAUCUGUUUUCACAAUGACUCAGGUUACCCCAGAAGUGACAUGGGCUCAGCGCUCAUCUUCUACUGAUGCUGCCCGCAACUACCUCUACGUGAAUCUCAAGACUCCCGAUGUUGCCAAGUCUGAUGCAGAUCUCAACAUCACUUCCUCCAAUGUAUCAUUUACCGGAAAAUCCAAGAAGGGUGUAACCUAUCACGUAUCGCUGGAUCUGUACGAUGAAAUCGACCCAGAAAACUCCAAGGUGAACCAUAGUGACCGGGAGGUGGAGCUGGUUUUGAGGAAGAAGCAGCUGAAGGAGGAAUACUGGCCUCGUCUUCUGAAGACCGACAAGAAGGUUCACUUCUUGAAGACAGAUUUCGACAAGUGGGUCGAUGAGGAUGAGCAGGAUGAGGCUGGUGAAGAUGAUUACGCAAAUAAUUUUGGCGGCUUUGGUGAUGAGGGCGGCCUUGGCAACAUCGAUUUCUCCAAGCUUGGUGGUCUCAGCAACUUGGGCGGAGAGGCACAAGCUGGUGACGAUGAGGAUAAGGAGGACGAGGAGAUGCCUGAACUCGAGGAUGCGGAAGCCAAGCUGACAGAAUCGAAGCCCUAAAGCUGGAGGACCCUCAACCAUCGAAUCGUAAAUCAGAGCUGGGCAAUUAACUAAAAACAACAAAAAGAAUACUUAUUUUUUUCUUUGUUUUUGUUCCAUAACCAGAUCGGAAUUAUUCAGGCCGGAGAGCCUGGCGGAGUAGCAUGGGCAAGGUCUUAAUUUGAUGUUUGGAUUUGCUGGGCGGAUGUUUCAACGUCGACCACGGUGUCUUGCAGGCCGUUCUCGUCAUACUUGACGAGGGAAUAGAGGACCUUUUGAGGAUGGCGUUUCUGCUCGCGUUUUUCUCUUUAAUACGCUAGUUGAAAGGAAUUUACUUUGUGAUGUUCUGAACGCAACUGCUUCUGUUAUUUGUUCUCGGAAUGAAUGGACAAGAAGUCUGUCCAAGAAUAUAAUAAUAUUGCAGGGAGUUUGCUACGAGCAGUGAGCAAAGAAAAAAUUCCAUCAAGA